UGUAUUUUAUUUCCAGCAGGUGGACACACAAGCAGGAAUAUUUCAGAAGGACAUCUAAUGUUAUCCCCGGAUUGUGACAUAAAAGAUAAUGACAGUAGACAGGAUUCUCCAGGAGAUAACCCCAUUACCCCAAUUAUACAUCCAGCUCUAUCAGCUGAUCCCUCUGAUCCUGGGAAAUGUUCUCCUAAUCACUCUGAUAUUGGAGCAUUUGUUACAGCUCUGAGAUUAGAUACAGUGUUUCCCUGUUCUAUAGAUGCCAAAUGUUUUACACAGAACACAAAGCUUAUUACCCAUCAUCCAGCUAAGGCAGGUGAGAGGCCACUGAUAUGUUCUGAGUGUGGGAAAUGUUUUACAAAGAAAUCAGCUCUUGUUACACAUCAGAGAAGUCACUCAGGUGAGAGGCCGUAUUCCUGUUCUGAGUGUGGGAAAUGUUUUACACAGAAAUCAUCUCUUGUUACACAUCAGAGAAGUCACACAGGUGAGACGCCGUGUUCCUGUUCUGAGUGUGGGAAAUGUUUUGCAUGGAAAUCAGAUCUUGUUACACAUCAGAGAAGUCACACAGGUGAGAAGCCAUUUUCAUGUUCUGAGUGUGGGAAAUGUUUCGCAUUUAAAUCAGUUCUUGUUAAACAUCAGAGAAGUCACACAGGUGAGAAGCCGUUUUCCUGUUCUGAGUGUGGGAAAUGUUUUGCAUGGAAAUCACAUCUUGUUACACAUCAGAGAAGUCAUACAGGUGAGAAGCCGUUUUCCUGUUCUGAGUGUGGGAAAUGUUUUACACAGAAAUCAGCUCUUGUUACACAUCAGAGACGUCACACAGGUGAGAGGCCGUUUUCCUGUUCUGAGUGUGGGAAAUGUUUCGCAUUUAAAUCAGUUCUUCUUACACAUCAGAGAAGUCAUACAGGUAAGAUGCCGUUUUCCUGUUCUGAGUGUGGGAAAUGUUUCGCAUUUAAAUCAGUUCUUGUUCCACAUCAGAGAAGUCACACAGGUGAGAAGCCGUAUUCCUGUUCUGAGUGUGGGAAAUGUUUUGUACGGAAAUCAGAUCUUGUCACACAUCAGAGAAGUCACACAGGUGAGAGGCCAUAUUCCUGUUCUGAGUGUGGGAAAUGUUUUGCACAGAAAUCAGCUCUUGUUCUACAUCAGAGAAGUCACACAGGUGUGAAGCCGUAUUCCUGUUCUGAGUGUGGGAAAUGUUUUGCACAGAAAUCAAAUCUUGUUACACAUCAGAGGAGUCACACAGGUGAGAGGCCACUGAUAUGUUCUGAGUGUGGGAAAUGUUUUGCAUGCAACUCAAAUCUUGCUACACAUCAGAGAAGUCACUCAGGUGAGAAUCCGUUUUCCUGUUCUGAGUGUGGGAAAUGUUUUGCAUUCAAAUCACAUUUUGUUACUCAUCAGCAUACUCACACAGGUGAGAAGCCGUAUUCCUGUUCUGAGUGUGGGAAAUGUUUUACACAGAAAUCAGCUCUUGUUACACAUCAGAGAAGUCACACAGGUGAGAAGCCGUAUUUCUGUUCUGAGUGUGGGAAAUGUUUCGCAGUUAAAUCAGAACUUGUUACACAUCAGAGAAGUCACACAGGUGAGAAGCCGUUUUCCUGUUCUGAGUGUGGGAAAUGUUUUACACAGAAAUCAGCUCUUGUUACACAUCAGAGAAGUCACACAGGUGAGAAGCCGUAUUCCUGUUCUGAGUGUGGCAAAUGUUUUGCACAGAAACCAAAUCUUGUUAGACAUCAGAGAAGUCACACAGGUGAGAAGCCGUAUUUCUGUUCUGAGUGUGGGAAAUGUUUUACACAGAAAUCAGCUCUUGUUACACAUCAGAGAAGUCACACAGGUGAGAAGCCAUUUUCCUGUUCUGAGUGUGGUAAAUGUUUUGCACAGAAAUCACAUUUUGUUAUUCAUCAGCAUACUCACACAGGUGAGAAGCCGUUUUCCUGUUCUGAGUGUGGGAAAUGUUUUGCAUGGAAAUCACAACUUGUUACACAUCAAGUCAUACACAAAGGUCAGAAGCCAUUUCCAUGUUCUGAGUGUGGGAAAUGUUUUACAGAGAAAUCACAUCUUGUUACACAUCAGAGACGUCACACAGGUGAGAACCUAUUACCAUGUUCUGAGUGUGGGAAAUGUUUUACACUGAAAUCACAUCUUGUUACACAUCAGCGAAAUCACACUGGUGAAAAGCCAUUUCCAUGUUCUGAGUGCGGGAAAUGUUUCACCCGGAAAUCACAACUUGUUAAACAUCAGCGAAGUCACACAGGUGAGACUCCAUUUCCAUGUUCUGAGUGUGGGAAAUGUUUUACAUACAAAUCACUUCUUGUAAUACAUAAGAGAAUACAUACAGGUGAGAAACCAUAUUCCUGUUCUGAGUGUGGGAAAUGUUUUACAUACAAAUCAACUCUUGAUGCACAUAAGAGAAGUCACACAGGUACAUCACCAUUUCCAUGUUCUGAGUGUGGGAAAUAUUUUGCACAGAAAUCACAACUUGCUAGACAUCAAAGAAUUCACACAGGUGAGAGGCCAUUUCCAUGUUCUGACUGUGGAAAAUGUUUUGUACAGAAAUCAGUUCUUGUUGCACAUCAGAGAAGUCACACAGGUGAGAAACCAUUUCCAUGUCUUGAGUGUGGGAAAUGUUUUGCACACAAAUCAGAUCUUGUUAGUCAUAACAGAAGUCACACAGCUGAGAAGCCAUUUCCAUGUCAUAAGUGUGGGAAAUGUUUUACACACAAAUCAGAUCUGGUUAGUCAUAACAAAAGUCACACAGGUGAGAAGGCAUUUUCUUGCUCUGAGUGUGGAAAAUAUUUUGCCCGGAAAUCAGACCUUGUUAGACAUCAGCGAAGUCACACAGGUGAGAAGCCAUUUUCUUGCUCUGAGUGUGGGAAAUGUUUUGCCCAGAAAUCAGAACUUGUUAGACAUCAGCGAAGUCACACAGGUGAGAGGCCAUUUCCAUGUCCUGAGUGUGGGAAAUGUUUUGCACACAAAUCAGAUCUUGUUAGACAUCAGCAAAGUCACACAGGUGAGAAGCCAUUUUUUUGCUCUGAGUGUGGGAAAUGUUUUACACAGAAAUCAUAUCUUGUUAUACAUCACAGAAGUCACACAGGUGAGAAGCCAUUUCCAUGUUCUGAGUGUGGGAAAUGUUUUGCAGACAACUCAGCUCUCGUUAUACAUCACAGAAAUCACACAGGUGAGAAGCCAUUUCAAUGUUCUGAGUGUGAGAAAUGUUUUACACAGAAAUCACAACUUGUUACACACCAGAGAAGACACACAGGUGAGAAGCCAUUUUAAUCUUCUGGAGUAUACUUAUCAUUGCCAUGUGUUGUUCUUCAAGGUUCUUAUCAUCUCUCCUAUACUUUUUGCAAUACACGUUACCAUAGUGUGAAAUAAUCAGGUGUCAUGCCCUCAUCUACCACUGCUAUGCAGAUGACCUGUCUUUUGCUCUGGGUACUGAGAACCCAGUACCAAUCCUAAAUGUCUAGCUGAGCUCCAGGUGUGGGUGAUGCCAGUUCGCUGUGACUCAGUCCUGGUGAAACAGGUCCUUAUGAUAGAAGCUCACCAACAAAGGGCAGGGCUACAGCUCAGCUUUGCUACCAGCCAGACUUACGCUUGGGGGUUCAGAAUUACAAAAUGCUGGUCAUGUGCAGAAUAUUAGUGUCCUGGAUGGUGGAGUGACACCAUUAGACAUCCGUUAUCAGACAGAAUCAGAUCCUCAUAUGUGGACCAUAGCCAGACUCCAGCACUUAAUUCUCUACCUGAUGUCGUACAUGCACUUGUAUCAUCUCAUAUAGACUACUGCAAUGUCAUCUACCUGGGUCUCCCAGCAGAAGAAUUGCACCAGUUGUAGCAUGUACAGAAUGCAGCAGCCAGGCUGUUACCUAACCAGCCCGUUCCUGCCUCAUAACACCCAUUCUCUGGUCCCUGCACCGGCUGCCUGUAAGAUGGUGACUGGGCCUAAUUCAGGUUGGAUCGCAGUGUGUGAUCCAAAUGGAAUUAUUCUGAAAAAGUUGCGGGCACAUCUGCUAUGCCCAUCCUGCGUAUGCGCCCGCAUUUUCUGCGGAGGGGCCACAGAAAAUGUGAUUGCCUGUCAGGCAGAGGCGGUCACGAGGGUUGGUGGGCAAUGCUCCAUUUCCAGGGAGGUGCGAAUCGGUGCGGGGGCAGUGUAGCGCGAACAGAGGGCAAAGGCGGACAAACGGACAUCAUCAUGGUGGCUUUGUGACAUCACAUGCAGCCGCUGUAUUCGAGAAGAAUGCGUCGGGCCUCCUGCGGGCGCAACUGAGAUGCAGCAGGAGGCUUCACUAACUUCUACGAUGAAGCAGAAAUUGUGAGGCAAUCGCAUUUUCUGCUUCAUCAGGGGGGAGGCGGCGGUCAGCAUGCUGGGUGGCCUUGCCCUGUGAUGGGCGGCCCCUAGCGCGCUAGGAAAAGGAUUGCUAAUUCUGCUAAUUAGUAGCAUCUGCAAUCCUUACUGAAUUAGACCCGCUUUUAAAUAAUCUUACUGACUCUUCCAGCCUUGCAUGACCACGGUACCAGAAGCAGCUUCUGCCUCCGUACUGCCCAAGCUUCUUCCAUCUGUUGAUGAAGGACUUAGCAGUACCAUAGAUUCCCAAGCAGUGCUUAGAUGUCGGGGAGACAGGGUGGGUGGGAGUAGUGCAGUAGCGGGGGCUGCUGUAGGCAGUGUC